GUGUCAGCUCAGUGUUCCUGUGAUCACGCCUAGUAACGUUAAACCGAGUCACACGAUCAUCUGUAUGAUCAGCGCUUUAUUGUUCAUUUAAAGCGCGUUUAUUCUCGAUAUUUAUAAGCAUUUGCUUUUAAGAGGCUUUUAAGUGCUUGUCGCUGAGGAAAAAGUGAUGGAGAGGGUCUGGCAUGGCCGGUGCUGUCACACAGGUGCCUCAUAAACUGAGAAGCAUUGGAUCCAGCCUCUCACAUCCAAACCCACCUUAUGGCCUCCAUCUACCCGCCCUCAUUCGAGGACUCAGCUGAGGUGAAGGAGGGCUUCCUGUGCCCUCUCUGUUUGAAGGACCUCCAGUCAUUUUACCAACUACAAGGCCACUAUGAAGAGGAGCACUCUGGUGACAACCGGCACGUUGGUGGUCAGCUGAAAAGCCUGGUGCAAAAGGCGAAGAAAGCCAAAGACAAGCUGUUAAAGCGGGAUGGAGAUGAGCGGACAGACAGCAGCUAUGAGUCAUUUUAUUAUGGAGGAGUGGACCCCUACAUGUGGGAGCCACAGGAGCUCGGAGCCACCCGCAGUCACUUGGAUUUUUUCAAGAAGCAGAGAGCUGCAAGAAUUGACCAUUAUGUUAUUGAAGUCAACAAAUGCAUUAUACGACUGGAAAAGCUGACAUCCUUUGACAGAACCAGCAUGGACGCAGCACAAAUAAGAUCACUUGAGAAGUCAGUGGUAUCGUGGGUGAAUGAUCAAGAUGUGCCAUUUUGCCCUGAUUGUGGGGGCAAAUUCAACAUCCGUAACCGCCGCCACCAUUGCAGACUCUGUGGGUCCAUAAUGUGCAGAAAGUGCACAGAGUUUAUUCCUCUGCCACUGGCAUAUAAAUUAACCAGUGGAACCAGGGAGGCCCUGUGGGCUCCUGGCCAGAGUGGGUCUCCUGGAACUGCAGGCCCAGUCGUGCAGCAGACUUCUCGCCGCGGCUCCAUUAACAGCAUCUCAUCUGUCAGCUCUGUGUUGGAGGAGAAAGACGAGGACCGUGUACGCUGUUGCCAUCACUGCAUGGACGCACUUAUCCGGCAUCAGCACAAACUGGAGGAAAAAGACCACAUGCCUGAUAUCGUCAAACUCUAUGAGAGGUUAAGGACAUGUAUGGAGAAAGUUGAAGCUAAGGCUCCAGAGUACAUGCGUAUGGCAGAGUCUCUUAAUGCUGGGGAGACGACCUGUAAUCUAGAGAGUGCUGCUGCACUAAGGAUGGAGAUACAGAAAUACUACGAGCUCAUUGAUGUUCUGAGUAAGAAGAUACUCACACUCGGACUAAAAGAUGAGGUCCAGCCUCACCCGAAAGCCCUGCAGCUGCAAAGGAUGGUGCGCUACACAGCUACACUUUUUAUACAGGAGAAACUGUUGGGACUGACGUCGCUCCCCACCAAAGAGAAAUAUGAGGGGCUUAAAGAGAAGAGAAGAGAGGAGCAGGAGAAAAGGGUGCAGCAGGAGAGACAGGCAGGCCUGGAGGCACAUAAACGUCGAUUGGAAAAUGAAAAUAACCUCGGCGCACACGAGGAUGUUCCACGUCCACGCAUGACCAAAGCUGGUGGCUGGCUGCCACAAUCAGACACUCUGCAUACUCGCUCUGAGCUGGACGACCCUCUGCUGCAACAGAUCAAAAACAUCGAGUCCUUCUUACGGCAGGCGCGCUCCGCAAAGCGCACCGAUGAAGUGGCCGUGCUGGAGGAGAACCUGCGGCAGCUGCAGGACGAGUUUGACGCUCAGCAGACCAGUCGAGCCAUCCAGCUUUCACAGAGGCUGGCUGAUGAGACCGACCUGCAGCAGAGUCAAAUCGAACAUCUGCAGCAAAGAGAGCUCGAGCACAGAACCCAAUCUAAAAUCUCCUCCUUGGAUUUCAGAGACCGAGAAAAUGUUCCGAAAAGAGAAGAGGAGGAAGGUGACUUGGGAGAACAUUUGAUCGGAAGCCCUGGGUCUUCUAAGUCUUUGUCACGUCUGUUAGGAAACUCUCCUCCCUUAGAGAGGCAAAGAGAUAAACAUGCACCAACUCCACCCGCCAGAAACCCCUUUGACGAGCAGCAUUUCUCUCCUGCUGAGGAAGAGCCGACCAAUUCUCAGACAGCCAAUGGAAAGAAAGAGUACAACCCAUUUGAGGAAGAAAACGAUGAAGUGGAAGAUCCAGAUACGGGUAAAGUGAAGUCACCUAGAAAUCCUUUUGAAGAUGACUAUUAUGAAGAUAGAGGUAACCCUUUUAAAGAGGUUUCCGAUGAGGUUCCAGCUGCCUCAACCAAUCCGUUUGAUGAAGAGGAUGAUGAGGAUGGCACAGCAGUCGAUGACGUGAUUGAGGAAGAGCUACUUCUACAACAGAUCGAUAACAUCCGGGCAUAUAUCUUUGAUGCCAAGCUAAGCGGACGCUCUGAUGAAGUGGAGCUUUUGUCAGAGAACCUAAAGGAGCUGCAACAAACACUACAAGAGCAGAAAAGAAAAAAAUAGUGGCCGUCACCAAACUUAUUUUGUUUGUUUUGUAAUUGAUGAGGCUUGUUUUCGGUUUCAAAUAAAAGUGUAAGCUACUGAUAUCAGCACUAGAUAAAAAAAAUAAAACAAAAUUGAAGUUUCUGUGCAAGAACGCAUAGUAGUAGGAACAGACCAUUCUUGAUCAGAACAACUUAAACUCUGUUAAAAUUUGUAAUUUAAUAAAUAAAAAAAUAAGGCUUAGCAUUGGGUAAUAUUCAAGUAUUUUAUGUGAACAAAAUCUUAAUAUGUAGUCUCAAGUCAUAUAAAUGGGUAGGUUUUACAGAAGUGGUUGAAAUAUCUGAAGUUAAGAUUUUCUGUUCAACAAAGUCAGUAUUUCAUGCACAUUGCUGCUUUGAUUGAGAAUACAUUUUGCUUUAGAAUUUUGUUAAGAAAAUCUAAGUUUAUGUAUCGAAGUCUAGCAUGAACGCACACCUGCAGCUUUAAACUUUUUUUUUAUUAUAUUGCACUAAUGGAUAACCAGUACUUCACUAAACAGAAACCCUGAUUUCUUUAUUUCUAUCCUUGAAACAUCAAAGGAAUAGUUCACUCAAACAUGAAAAUCAUUUCACCUUUUUCUGUGUCUUUGGAACACAAAAUGUAUUUCAGAAGGUUUCAACUGUUUUUGUCCAUACAAUUGAAGUUGAUGCUGUCAAAAUCAAAAAUCUAUGUUCAAAAAAAUUCAUUUUUGGGUGAAUCUGUUUAAUAUUACAGAUUUGCCUAAUCAAUGUCAAAUGUCUGUCAUUUAGUCUGUAUAUAUUUGCAUUGUUUUAUACCAUUAGUAGUACUGAUUUCUGUUGCACUUAAAUGAUUUAGCAAUUAUACAAAUACAUCCAAUGCUAUGGAAACCAGUGUUGAAGUAACAAACCUAUGCAUAUGGUCAUCAUAAUUGCCUGCUGCUCCUCUAAAUAGCUGUGCAAAAACUGUACCAUUUGUAUGUUAAAUCUCCUCAAUUUUGCUUGCAUGUUUCAUUAAUGCUUCAUUUAUGUGUGCCCACCUCAAAAAGACAUGGAAACACAACUGAUGAGUUCUGUCUUGUAUUAACUCAAGGCUUUCCUGGACACAGUGAGAACAGACAGCAACCCUGUGGCUGAAUGUAAUGCUUUUUGUAAUUGUAUUUGUUUUUGUCAUCAGAGAAGCAUAUUGUGACUAACAACCUAUCCAUUAACUUUUGGAUAAUGUUGUGUGUUUACACUGAGCAAUAUCAGGUAUCAUAAAUGUAACACUAAUAAUUAAUAAAAUUCAGUGAAAAUUC